UUUAAUUUCAAUUUCAAUUUCCUUUUUCUUCUUCCAGAGAGUAAGAGAGAAGAACGAAGACCCAACACAGAGACGACUUUGCAAAAUUCUGUCUUUCUCUCUCUAGUAAAUUUUUUUAUUUUGUUUUAGCCGUCGACAUAGAGAGCUGUUCCUAUUGUGAUCUUCGGCGUUUGAAUCGGUUCUUUACUUCAAUCAUUUUCGUCGAAACGUUUGAAAUUGUUUUUGGAUAGUUGUUAUCAAGCACAGUUGAAUGUCCGAAAAUUCACAUAUUUGGGCAAAAUCUCUAAUUUAUUUGUUUGGUUAUGUUUCUAUAGAGUGAAAAAGCUUCCAUUAACUUCGAUAUUGGAUUGUACUGUGGUCGCCGGCGAUCAAUUUACCGGUAUUACAGGCGAUUUGUUCUGGGUCUUAAUCAUUGUUCGAGCUCAGAGCUGAUUUUAAGUCGUGGGUUUUGUUAAUUAGGUUGUUUGUUAAUCUGGGUUUUGGUAAGAAACUGGUAGGUGUGAAGAGAAAAAGCAAGAUUGACUGGAAGUUAGAGAAAACUUUAGUGGAACCCUAGAAAGUAGAAAUUUAAUCUCAAUAGUCUCUUCGAAUUCUUCGAGAAGACAAAUGCCCUAGAUUUCGUUCUUUUGUCCACCCAAAAUAACCCUAGAACAAAUUUCAUCACCAUGCCGGCUGACGUUGAUAACUCAUCCGCCAUGAAUGAUUCCACAGCUUCAGGCGAAGCGAGCGUCUCUUCUUCCGGCAAUCAAAUAGUACCCGCAAAAUCAACAUCAAAGAAGAAGCGAAAUCUCCCUGGAAUGCCAGAUCCAAACGCGGAGGUGAUUGCUCUGUCUCCGAAAUCUCUGAUGGCAACGAAUCGAUUCGUUUGCGAAAUCUGCAAUAAAGGGUUUCAGAGGGACCAGAAUUUGCAACUCCAUCGCAGGGGACAUAACCUUCCAUGGAAGCUUAGACAGAGGUCAAGCAAGGAGGUUCGGAAGCGAGUCUACGUCUGUCCGGAGCUGUCGUGCGUUCAUCACGAUCCUUCGCGAGCAUUGGGCGAUCUCACGGGGAUAAAGAAGCAUUUCUGUAGAAAACACGGCGAGAAGAAGUGGAAAUGCGAGAAGUGUUCCAAGAAAUACGCCGUUCAGUCCGAUUGGAAAGCUCACUCCAAAAUCUGUGGAACCAGAGAGUACAAAUGCGAUUGUGGGACUCUGUUUUCAAGGAGGGAUAGCUUUAUCACACACCGGGCUUUCUGUGAUGCAUUAGCAGAAGAGUGUGCGGCGGUGACACCUCCGACUGUAGAUGAAAACCCAAAAUUUCAAACUUUGGCUUCACCACCACCACCACCAACUCUUCCUCCAUCAACUGCUAUAAUUUCUUCUGUUUUGCCUAUUCGGAGUGCAGAGUUGACAGAAAAUUCUAAUCCCACUCAGAUCUUAGAAAAUAAGCAAUUAACAACUGGGUUAACUGGAAGCUGUAGCAGUAGUAGUAGCUCAAGCAGGAGUGGAAGUUCAAGCAGUAAUGUACUUGCAAGCUUGUUUGCCUCAUCAACAGCUUCCGAAAGUUUGCAACCUCAUCAAACACCUAGUUUUACAGACCUAAUCAGAUCAAUGGCUCGUCCUGGGCCUACCCCUGACCUUGCACCCUCUUCAUCCACAGAGCCAAUUUCUCUUUGCCUUGCAACGAAUCACGGGUCGUCAAUUUUUGGAACUGCAGGACAGGAACGUCGGCAGUAUGCACCGCCUCCUCAGCCUGCGAUGUCUGCUACAGCAUUACUACAGAAAGCAGUUCAGAUGGGUGCUACAGCGACAAAUGCAUCAUUGCUGAGGGGGUUUGGGAUUGUUUCUUCCACGUCAUCUCCAUCGGGGCACCAACAGUGGAAGCAAAUGGAGCCAGAGAACGAAUCAUUGGCAGCUGGACUUGGACUUGGGCUGCCGUGUGAUGGGAGUUCGGGUCUGAGAGAAUUGAUGUUGGGGACUCCAUCUGUGUUUGGUCCCAAGCAGACUACACUUGAUCUUCUCGGGUUGGGCAUGGCUGCCGGUGGCGGCCCUACUAGUGGGCUAUCGAUGCUAAUGACCUCCAUUGAAGGCGGCUUUGACGUUGCUGCUGCAGCUGCAUCAUUCGGUGGUGGCGAUUUCGUGGGCAAAGACAUUGGCAGGAGUUCAUGAAAUAAGGGGAAAAAAAGGUGGUUUUUUGAUAUAGAAGACCAUACAUCUCUCAACUUGAUCUGGUGGAGAUCUAUGCUGUCCACAGGUAAGCUUAACAUGAAAAAAUGAAAUUAUAGGCUUUUGGAUGAAUUUGAAUGUGUUCCCGGAUGUUUUCUUCCUUCUAGUAUUAUGGUAUUAUGUGACGUGGAUGUGAAUGUACGAGGCUGGUGCUAGUCAAAGCUUCAGAAAAACAACAGGGACACUUUGGUAUGUAUCUGAUACUGUAUAUGUACGCUAGUUCAGUAUUUAUCAAGCUAAGACAUCAAAGAUUUUACCCAGAAAAACGUUGGAAAAAAAAAAGGCUUAGACAUCAUAGACAGAAGAGGUUUAUUCGAAGCUUUAUCAUUUGAAUCCUAGCUUUUUGGUUGAGAAUUUUUCUUAGUUCAAAAUUAAGCUGUUUUGGACGAUUAUUUCUGAAUUUAACCUCUGUUCAGGUUAGGCCUAUGGAAUUAGUCAAACUUGAUCCAACCUGAAUUUUUGAAUUAUUUUUGUGCUUUGACCUAGAAAAUGUAUUUGUAAUUUUAUUUAUAUUUCCAAAAUAUUUUAUUUUUAAAAUAAAUAUCACAAUGGUGGGUUGCUCUCUUGUGAACAAUCUGAAUACUCACUGGAAAUAGAGCAGGGAAGUGAUUUUUGUUACUUUUA